AUGUACUCUAUCUUCUACAGCCGUAGUCUUCGGCCACCAUCCGUCGACAAACUCCAGCUCUCCAACGCUGCCGCUUUGCCCGUUGGCCAAAGUACCGCUCGGCAUGAACUAAUCGACAUUCCGUGCGCACAAGGAGACAAUGGUUCACGAUACCUCUGUCCACAAACCAUCCGGAUCCAUCAAACGCUCAACACUGUCAAGCAGCCCGGUGGGAUAGAUAUGAUCCACGCUAACUCUCUCAUUUCAGACCUCUGUCCUCUACAUAAAGGGCCCUUGAUACCAACCGAACAGAGGAAGAAAAAGGUCUUUAUCUUUAUCGAUGGGCCAAGUGGCUUUGACUUGAAACCACCCAGCCCUGCUUAUCCCAAGCACGAAGACAUCCCACGCGAUUUUACCGGCUUUUGCCUUUCCGACAUGCAGCCUUGGCUGAAGCCUGAACCCACGCAGCUCAUCCAUUUCCUCAACUACUACACUGACGCCAAGAUGGUCGUGACUGCCAGGCCCGAAGGCAUCUUUCACCAGACGCACUGGAAGUUACAACUCCACCUUGAACCCUCCCUCCUGCGUCACGACAUCAGGACCCUCUGCCACAGCACCCUUGACCAUCUCUGGUUCAACCAGCGGUACUCUUUCACACGCAAGAUUCUCAAAGAAUGCAACGGCUCCUUCACCGAAGUGCUAGACGCUCUAGAUCGCAUUAAGCGCCAAACCUCCUCGUCCUCCUCCUCCUCCUCCUCGGACCUGCCACCACCCCUCCCCCGCUCCGAACUCCUCUACUCCUCCCUCCUCACCCAGUUCCAUAGUUCCCACACCAAAUUAGAAAUCCACUCCCUCUCCAGAAUCCUGCACCUCCUCCUCACCGACCACUUGUACUCCCUCUACACCCUCCGCUCCAACCGCCCUCUUUCUCUCCUACAACUAACUUUCUGUCUCCACGACCACUUAAUCCACAACUGUCUUCUCAAAGGAUCCUUCCGAGAACCUCCCGACAUCCGCUCCACAUGCAAGUCCGUCAAAAAGCAGAUUCAAGAACGGCUGUACCCCUUCAUCACCCUGCGUAAGAUGGACCACACCCCUAUCCCUGGCGACAAAGUGGACAAGAUACUAGAGAUGGACUGCACGGUACCAGUCCCGGAAUCAACAAUGGAAGUGUGUUUCCUCCAAUCGAGCUUGGUUGAGUUCUUGACGAAGACGGAACAAGGAAGGGAGUUGUUGCGGCUUGAUGAGGUAGAUCCGCCGCGGUUGGCUGAUGUGGAAGCUAGGAGGGAGUGGGUGCAUUCGGCUUUAAUCGGGGGGUCCCAAGGGGGGGAUGGAUGGAGAAGGGAGGAAGGGGGAGUUGGUAAGGGAUCGGUUGAAGUUGCUGUUGAGGGCGGGGAUGUUUGAGGAGAUUGUGUUGUGGCGCGUAUUGCAUACGAAGAAGGAUUAUGUGGAACUGAUGGCAAGCGAGUUGGGGAGGGUGUAUAGGGAGUAUGUGCAGUUUGCGGAGCGGACGACGGUGUUGGGGUAUUUGAGAGAGGAGGAAGUCCUUCCGGAGAGGUGGGUGGUGAAGUUUGCAAGUGGGAAUUAGAACCGAAGCGAGGGAGGUUGAAGCGGACUGGAUGGUGGGAUAAGGGGUUGGCCAAGGGACUUUGAGACGG